AUGAAUGUUUAUAUCGCUGAUGGUGGUAACAAUAGAAUUCAAUUGUUUUGUGCCAAUAGUAAUGUUGGUGUUACAAUUGCUGGCAAUGGUACUUCGGGUAAUGGUGCAACACAAUUAAGUGGUCCACGAGGUAUUGCAUUUGAUUCAGCAAUGAAUAUGUAUAUUGGUGAUACAGGAAAUGGACGUGUUCAAAAAUUUACGAAACUCUAA